UAUCGUGACAGCCGAGAAAUAACUGCGCCAAAUCUCUUAAGCAGACAGAGAACAUUAAUUGAUGGCUUCAACACAUCGAGCUGAUGCGUCAGAGGACCUUCACGACUCCUGGGUGGAGCUGAAUAACUCAGGCCCACAGGAUCCCCUGGUGCCACAGUCUAUAUAUAAUGGAAAUCUGGAAAAGCUACUUAUAGAUGCUCAGAAGGAAUCACGCACACCCUCACGUGCCAACAGUAAAGAAUCCUCUGCCAGGGGGAGUCCGAAGAGCCCACACAGUCCAAACAAUGAACUGGCAACACAGGACUCUGACAGAGACCCAGGGACAGACUGGAUCUGGGAUUGGUCCAGCAGACCUGAGGCUCACCCUCCCAGUGACUGGAAUGGAAGAUUUAAACAUCGCAUUUGUCGGGAAAAAAUGACUUCAAGGAAUAGCCGAGUAUCUAAGAGUGGUGUGUUUACCAUUGACAAUCUGCCACAACUACUGCUUACACAUGCCUGUUCAUUUUUCCUGGGGGCCGCCGUGAUGUUUGUAUGUCUGAAGAGGUACUGCAGUUGGACCACAGUUGCUUCCCCUGCCAUGGAUUAAGAUAUACAAAAAUGUAUCACGGAAUUGCGUUCAAGAAAAACAAACUUGUUUCGACUUCAAAGUUUGGAUUUUUAUACCUGGAUGAACAUCCCCAGUCAAUAAAGUAGACAUCGCCAGGAAGCAUUCCCUCUCUUUGUCAUCAGAAAUCAAAAUGUUACCGUCACCCAUGAUGAACAUGUGAUAGUAAUAGAUCAUAAUUACCUAUGUGUUGUGUUAGGUAUAGACUAUUUUUAUUGAAUAAUAUUAUACUGUAUUGAGCUUAUUACAUGUAUGUGAUAUACAGUUUUCCUUGUGUUUAGAUCAGUCUGGGCUACUCCUUAUAAUCAACAAUGUUUGAUUCUGUAAUACUGUUUUCCUUGUGUUUAGAUCAGUCUGGGCUACUCCUUAUAAUCAACAAUGUUUGAUUCUGUAAUACUGUUUUCCUUGUGUUUAGAUCAGUCUGGGCUACUCCUUAUAAUCAACAAUGUUUGAUUCUGUAAUACUGUUUUCCUUGUGUUUAGAUCAGUCUGGGCUACUCCUUAUAAUCAACAAUGUUUGAUUCUGUAAUACUGUUUUCCUUGUGUUUAGAUCAGUCUGGGCUACUCCUUAUAAUCAACAAUGUUUGAUUCUGUAAUACUGUUUUCCUUGUGUUUAGAUCAGUCUGGGCUACUCCUUAUAAUCAACAAUGUUUGAUUCUGUAAUACUGUUUUCCUUGUGUUUAGAUCAGUCUGGGCUACUCCUUAUAAUCAACAAUGUUUGAUUCUGUAAUACUGUUUUCCUUGUGUUUAGAUCAGUCUGGGCUACUCCUUAUAAUCAACAAUGUUUGAUUCUGUAAUACUGUUUUCCUUGUGUUUAGAUCAGUCUGGGCUACUCCUUAUAAUCAACAAUGUUUGAUUCUGUAAUACUGUUUUCCUUGUGUUUAGAUCAGUCUGGGCUACUCCUUAUAAUCAACAAUGUUUGAUUACCUGUAAUUCUUUGCUACAUACAUUUCUAUUUAUAUUUGUCUUUGAAAUAGAAAAUUCCCCAUUUUACAGACGCACAAGAUUGUUUACUACAUACUGUUCUUCUAAAAAGUGUGAAAUUCACAUCUUGAUGUUGCCCUUUUUCUCCAAAACUGAAGAAAAAUUACACAUGAUUAAUUACACCUGCCAGUUCAUCAUAAGUGGUAUAGUAUGAUUUUGUUGUAAGGUCUUGACAUAGCAAGAUAUGAAAUUUCAACAAAAGUAUUUAGCUAUGGAAUGUGGUUUCUUGGUAUGAAAACACAUAUUACAAUAAUUCAUCCUUCAAUUUUGCUUUCUGAGAACAUAAGUUUUGUUAAUAUGUUGUUUAUUUCUAAGUGUUAACACACAAAGAAUCAGCAUUAUCUAGUUAUGUCUUGUUACUUGUUUAAUUUUUAGAUUGUCAAAUUUAAAAAAAAGUAAUGUUAAAAGGCGUUGUUUGAUAUUACACAUAAAAAACUGGUGAUGGGAAAUAAUUGUUUAUAAAUGAUUGUUUUCAUGUAGGUAGGGAUUGAUUUCAUAUGUUUGGAGACAUACAUUUCUAUCAACUAAAAAAAGCUUCAUAUACAUAUUUUAAAAAAAAUAGAAAAUUCAAUUCACUGUUAGAAAAAAUAUAUAGAAUUGUUUUAUUGAUGUUAUAUGUUAAAGAAAAUCAAAUACACACUAUCAAUACUAGUCAAAUUUCAUUAAGUCCUUUCUUUAUCUUACCUUUCAUUUCAUGUUCAAAAAAUGGAGACUGCAAUGAUGUUUGUUAUCAUAUGAUCACAAUCAUAACAAUAUUGAUGUACUUUUAAGCACUUACACUGAAAAAGACAAACUUACGUAACAAAUUGUCAUUUUUCCAUAUUCAGGUGAUUGCUAGCCAUAAAUCAUUUAUUGGACAGUGAAGCAGUUUUAUCAACAACUAUUUAGACCUAAAGCGGCUUAUUUUCAGAAUGGUAGAAAAGUACAAUGGAUUCAAACAAAACUGAUUCUAAAGAAAAGAUACCAGAACGAUUUUUGACAUCUUUUGCACUGAAAAUAAAACUGAUGCUGAUUGAACGUUUGUAAGAGGUUUGUUGAUAUUGAUUGAUGUACUGAUUAAUAAGUCAAAUAAUAUAUUUUACAACACAAUUUUUUAAUCCAUGUUUCCUAAGUUAUGUAAUGAUGUCAUUUCUCAAGCAAAGAAUUACAAGAAGUGUUCUUAGUAAAAUUGAUGGAUAAUUAACUAGUACAUCUCCAUGUUGAAUGUCAAAGACAGAGUCACUUUGUGUGAUAAUUUGAAUGUAUAACAGUACGUUAAUUUCCAGGAUAAAAAUCCAUUCCUGCUCACUGGUGUCAAAAAUGGGUCAUGUACAUGUAUAACAUAUGAUACUCUAUACAGGCGCUACAAUUUGCAACAUGGCUCUAAGAUAAUGAUCAUUAUUAUAGUUUAACUAUAGUUAAAAGAUCCUGGCUAUAUGCAUGUAUCUAUCUGUCAAAUUUCAAAUUCAAAUUGUCUACAAAUUCACAAAUGAAUAUAAAUACAGUGUACUUCCCUGCAUCUUGCCUGAAAUCUUGAAUGUGACAAAUUUUCGUGAAAAUUCCAGAAGAAAUCUAUAUUUUUUUCUUAGUUUUGAUAAUUACUAAUUUUGUAAAUUAAGUUACAAACUGUACCAGGUUUUAUUCCAUGAUGUAACAUUAAUUUUACUGAGUUUGUUUUAUUUACACGGUCAUUUAGCUGUACAGUUACAUAUUAUCAGGAGCCAUUGUUACAACGAUUAGAUAGGCAGUAGUCUGAAUGAUUGGUUGCUAAUUUGACCUUUACAUAUUGACCUUUAAACUCAUCAGUUGGUAUGAGUCAAUCAAAUGUUUGAAAUUGAAGUAUUUGAUAAUUCUCAUUUUUGAACAUUUUGGAAAUACAUGUAUUUUAUAAAGAAUAACUUUUGAAGCUAGAUUUUCAGGUCAAAAGUACAUGGUAGAGGUCAAUUGCAGAGGUCAAAUUUCAUAAUGUGAGAUCAUGGAAAAUUGUCUGUGUUUAUCAAAAGAAAAAGUGUGGUAGCUAGUCUAAGCAGUAUUAUCUCUGAAUUGUCUGAAGAGGGAUUGUCUGAUUGAGUUGUUAAGUAAUAUACAGUUGUCAUGAAAACAGUUUCUACAGAGGAGUUGUACUUGUCCAGGUGAGGUUGAAUUCAAACUUUCGUUAUUUUUAUCCUGGCUACCACUAAUACAUGUGAACUAUCAUUCAUGGAUAUGUAUAUAAAAGAGAAGGUAAUGUUAAAGGGGAAGUGUUUGAUAACAGGAAUUUAUUUGUACAUGAAGAAUAUGAUGUUUUGUAAAUUUAUUUUUUUCUGACCUAUUGUCAGAAUACAUACAUCUUAUAUGGAAUAACACUUUUUUGUAACAAGUCCACCUCAAAUUGGCAGACAAAGAUCACCAGAUCAGAGAUUUGUAUUUGUGUAAAAUCUUACUUAGAAUUAGAGGUACAUGAUAAAAAAAGGAGUUUAAAAUGUACUGGAAGGUGAUAUCAUUUCAGUGUGAUACAUGUCAUUAAAUAAUAAGGGAAAUAAUGUUUAAGGGCAGUAAGAGGUUAAAUCAGUCUUGGUUUGGACUUCAUGCAUACCCUAAGGUAGAGACACAUACCCUAUGAUAGAGACACAUACUCUAAGGUAGAGACACAUUCCCUAAGGUAGAGACACAUACCCUACAGUAGACACAUACCCUUAGAUAGAGACACAUACCCUAAGGUAGAGUCACAUACCCUAAAGUAGAGCCACAUACCCUAAGGUAGAGAAACAUACCCUAAGAUAGAGACACAUACCCUAAGUUAGAGUCACAUACCCUAAGGUAGAGCCACAUACCCUAAGGUAGAGACACAUACCCUAAGAUAGAGACACAUACCCUAAGGUAGAGCCACAUACCCUAAGAUAGAGACACAUACCCUAAAUUAGAGUCACAUACCCUAAGGUAGAGCCACAUACCCUAAGGUAGAGCCACAUACCCUAAGGUAGAGACACAUACCCUAAGUUAGAGUCACAUACCCUAAGGUAGAGCCACAUACCCUAAGGUAGAGACACAUACCCUAAGGUAGAGACACAUACCCUAAGAUAGAGACACAUACCCUAAGGUAGAGCCACAUACCCUAAGGUAGAAAUCACGUAUUCCCCUUUACUUACCAAGAAAGACUCUAUCUUUAGUCUUGUCUACUCCUUUGUGCAAUGAUAGUCAGUUGAAUCAAGUGGUGCAGAUAUGGCUUCUUGUUGUAUGACAUCUUGAAGUCAUGUUCUUCAACAAUUCUACAAACUGUAAAAUUGAUUGGAAAUUUUCGCUUCAACAUACUUGUUUCAUUUCUUAUUUUUAAAAAGAUUCUGUUUUGCUGAUUUGAAAGGUGUAAAAGUCUCAGACUUGCUAACUUGGAUUGGUACAUGUUUGACUGUAUCAGUAUUUGUGAAUCAGUUCCUUGAUGCUCAGUUUUAAAAUGACAUUUGGAAGAUUAGAAAAUAUGACAUAUGACUGUUUUGUUAUUGUAAUGUGCAUACACAGCAUAUUAUUGUAAGGAAAGGUUCCUCUGUUACUUCAUCUAAUGUGACACGAAACAUGUAAGUGAUUAAUUAAUCCUGUUUUAUAGUAACACUGCAUAAUUUGGUUUAGACUUAUUGAACUAGAAAAAGGAUGGUUUUAUAAUCAACAUGUUGAUACAAAACACAAGCAUUAUGCUUGUCCCCACACAGGAGGGAUUUCAUGCAUAACAUAUUGAUUUUAUGAAAAAUGAGAUUAAAUACUGUGAAAUAAAAUUAUGAAGCUAGUGAAUUCAAAAGAUUGAAAGUGAAAUGCAGCCAACUUACAGCAAUGUGAAUUUAAUUUCAUUACAAUUUUAAACACAUUUAUGCACACAUUUUCUUAAUUAAAUGUAGAGAGGGAAAAGUAUAAUUCAGAAUGCUUUUUUAUUGCUAACAUUAUUUGUGGCAUAGCACAAUUUUAAGGGUGUUUAAGAUUUAUUCAUUAAUAUUCAUGUUGUCUUGCUGUAAAGGAAAGAAAUGUUCAAUUUUGUAAGAAAGCUAAAACAGUCAAUGAUAAUUAUAGUUUUGAAAUGUUGAAAUUGAAGUAAUAGUUGUAUAUCUCUUUCCAUUAUUAUUGUAGUGAUAGUUUGUGUUGUGGAUUACCUCCCCUGACGAGAAGGAAUCCUUCACAUAUUGGUGUAGAAUAAAUUAUAUAUCUGUGUAUAUAUUAAGUAUUUCAUCUGUGUAGUAAGCUAUUUAUAGAUAUAGUAAAGGUGUAUGUUUACUUUUGAUAAGCCCAUGCUUGUACUUCAACUUGUUUCUCGAUUUUAACAGAUCUGAUGUUGAUGGGUUAACGGAUGUGAUGGUGGGAUGUAACAACAAUCAUCUUUUUUUUUUUUUAUACAUAUGGGCUUAUCAGAAAAUAACAUCAUAUUUAGUGAUUAACCUUAGCUAUUAGCAUUUAAUCUUCAAACACUAAACAUUAAUUGGCCAUCAGCAUUGGACAACAUAAGAGCUAGUUUUCAACAUAAAUCUAAAUUAGAAAUCAGAACACCACCCCCAACCCCCCCCUAAAAAAAAAAA